AUGAAGCUGUACAUAUUUUGCCUCUUUUUUUAUGUUUCCGUGGUAUGUGCCAUUUCGACUGAUGUCUCUUACAUUACAAAAACGAGUAUCCCCACUUCGUACUUGUUAGAAAUUGUUGUUUUGACACCUGGAGGCAGCCCUUCUAAUUGCGUGCCGGCUAUUCCUUCCAUGUCUGUAUGCAAUGGGAUGGUUACCGUUACAAAGACACUUUCAAAUUUUUGCCCACCUUGUACGACGUCUUCAACCCGAUCAUCAACAUUUACCAAGACAGUUACUUUGACCCCCUAUAGUGCCUCCUCUGUUCCUUCCAGCACAUCGAAUAGUUAUACCCUUCCCAAAACCUCGGAGAUGUAUCCCAAUAAUAGCAACGAUAGGUCUUGUUCUGCUACCGUAACCAUUUCAGAGACAAAAACCAUCUCUGCAGCGGGGUCAUCUCCAAUUAGGCCUGAAAAUCUCUCCUCUUCAGCUAUGCCUACAAAUCCCUCCUCUUCAGCUACGCCUACAAAUUCCUUACCUUCAAUCAAGCCUACAAAUUCCUUGUCUUCAAUGAAGCCUACAAAUCCCACCUCUCCAGUUACCAGUUCCGAUUUACCUGUAAAUUCGACCGCAUCCCCCCAGCUAAGUACCGUCACCCAGACAGUCACCCAACGUAUCCUGUCCUUGCAAAAUAUCCGUCUAGUUCGCAGGUAUCCAGAUGAAUAA